CAUUUGUAUAUCAAACAAUAUAUUCAUCUAUAUUUAUAGAUGACUACCAUUGAUACUACUUCAAAAACCGUCCUCAGAGCUGGCAAAGUGAAAGUCGUAUGCUGUGCUGUUCACCCUGGCAGUCUUGCUAGGAUCGGCAACCAGAAGAAGCGGUGCUCAAGAUGUUACUGAAAUCAUCACUCGAGACCUUUACGAGAUGAUGUUUAAACAUCGCAAUGGAUUCUAUACUUACGAUGCUUUCGUCGCUGCAGCUCGAUCUUUUAAUGGUUUCGGCACAACCGGUGAUGUUGUUACGCGAAAGAGGGAACUGGCGGCGUUCUUUGGCGAAACCUCUCAUGAAACAACUGGAGGAUGGGAUACUGCUCCUGGUGGGCGGUAUGCAUGGGGAUAUUACUUCGUUGGGGAGCAAAACAACCCGCCAGCUUAUUGCGACGCGGGCUGGCCUUGCUCUCCUAACAAAAAAUUCUAUGGCCAAGGACCCAUCCAACUUUCUCACAACUACAAUUACAAGCAAGCAGGUGAUCACGGCGCCAUCAGAAGGGAUCUCAUAAACAAUCCAGAGCUUGUAGCCACGGAUGCAACCAUAUCUUUCAAGACAGCCAUUUGGUUUUGGAUAACUCCACAAGGAAACAAACCAUCAAGCCAUGAUGUCAUCCUCGGACGCUGGACACCUUCGGAUGCCGACCGGGCAGCAGGUCGGGUCCCGGGCUAUGGUGCCAUCACGAACAUAAUUAAUGGUGGGAUAAUCGAGUGUGGCUACGGUCCUCAUCCCAGCUCUGGUGACAGAAUUGGUUUCUAUAAGGGAUACUGUGACAUUUUGGGUAUCAACUAUGGGGGCAACUUAAAUUGUCGUGACCAAAAGCCUUUUUAAAAUCCAGAUUUUUCCACCCAUACAGCUGGGCAUGCAUGCAAUAAAGAAAUCAGCCGUGUUUUCAUAAUACGCAAAGAACAAAAAGGAAUCCCAUGGCUAUACAUACACCAAAAGAAACUCGGGGUGCUCUUUCACCUGGCGUUUGGUUGUCUUAAUUACGUGUCUUCUAUAUAUGUUCGCUUUAUCUUCAAGUUUGCAGUCUGUUAGUAUCAGUUUUCUUUAAUAAUAACAAGUUGUGUCAUGGCUUCAUUGUU